AUGCCACUGUUGACGGUGAAGCAACUGUUCUUCUUGCUCGUCUUUUCGCUGAUCGGUCUCACGUUCUGGAUCACGGUGCUGGAACGUGACACUCGGCAGAACCCCUCCAACGUUCGGUCACUGCUCGGCGGAUUAUUGGACCAACUGAAUGGCGCCAGGACCGUUGGAACGGCCCCACUUCCGGAACAGAACACAACGGAGUACGAUCCCGAUGGGGCCCCGGGUGAUAUGGGCCUUCCGGUGGUGCUUCCCCCAGAUCUGUCCCCGGCGGUCCAAGCGCAGGUGCGGCGUGGUUGGGCUGAGCAGGGACUCAACGUGUACGUGUCGGACAUGAUUUCGCUCCGGCGAAGGUUGCCGGAUGUGCGUGAUCCUUGGUGCCGGGCGGAAGAGCAAGCUAGACGGGAGCGCCAGAUUGGACCCGGCACACUGCCCCCGUCCUCGAUCGUGAUCGUGUUCUACAACGAGGCCUGGUCCGUGUUGCUUCGGACCGUGCACUCCGUGCUCGAUCGCACACCGGGCGAGCUGAUCGAGGAGAUCCUGCUCGUGGACGAUCACUCACCGAUGGAGCAUCUUCACCGGCGGCUGGAUGAGUACGUGGCGACACUGCCACGGGUCCGCAUCAUCCGUGCCCCGGCUCGGAUUGGGUUGAUCCGUGCGAGACUCCUCGGUGCGAAGGCAGCCCGGUCCGACAUCGUUACCUUCCUGGAUGCCCACUGCGAGGUGAUCGAUGGUUGGCUGGAGGCUCUGGUUGCGCACGUCGCCCCGAACGAAACGAGGAUCGCCAUCCCGGCGAUCGAUUGGAUCCACGAGGACACGCUGGCCCUGAACGCACAGAACUCGGUCCGGUACUACGGUUCGUUCGAUUGGGGUCUCAACUUUCAGUGGCGUGCUCGGUCGGAUCGCAUCGCGAAACCCGCGCCCAACAGCCAUCCGGCCGCACCGUACGAUACCCCGACGAUGGCCGGUGGACUCUUUACGAUCAACCGGACGUUCUUCGAGCGGCUCGGUUGGUACGACGAGGGGAUGGAGAUUUAUGGUGGCGAAAACAUGGAGCUCUCCUUCAAGGCAUGGAUGUGCGGGGGCACCCUGCAGAUUGUGGCCUGCUCACGGGUGGCCCACAUUCAGAAACGGGGCCACCCGUACCUUCGCCAGAUGCGCGGCGCUUACGCCAAGAUCCGGCGCAACUCGAUCCGGCUGGCCGAGGUGUGGAUGGACGAGUACGCGGACUACUUCUAUGAUUCGUUCGGUGGCCGUGUGAAGCGCGGGGACUUUGGUGAUCUCACCGCACGCCACGAGCUACGCCGGAGGUUGCAGUGCAAACCGUUCCGCUGGUACCUGGAGCACGUGUUUCCUGAGCAGUUCGAUCCGAGCCGGGCGAUUACGCGGGGCGAGAUCCGCUUCGGGGGUGCCGAACGGACCCAUCCCACUUGUCUCGAUUGGCCCACCGAGCUGAGGGUUUUGCCGUGCCACGGUACCGGAGGCCAUCAGCUGUGGUAUCUUACGGCCCAAGGAGAAGUGACCCGCGAGGAUCACUGCCUCGACUACGACGGACGGCAGAUGGCGGUCUAUCGGUGCCACGGGAUGCGUGGCAAUCAGCAGUGGAGCUGGGACCCGAACACUAAGCUCCUCCGGAAGUUGAUGUACGAUCGGUGUCUCCAGUGGGACGGCGCUGCGUUCCGGCUCGAGACCUGUGACCCGGCCGUAGCGAACCAACGGUGGUUGAUGCAAAACUAUAACCCCAACAAUCUGUGA